AUGGUAAACAAACAUUGUUUUUGCGGUAUCUACUCCUUACAUCCUCAAUCGUCCAUAUUGAAUAGAGCGACAUAUGUAUUACCAAGAAAGUUUGAUUCAUUUAGACUAAGUUCAUCGUCGGUUGAGCAAGAAAAUGAAGGCAAUUCGCUCGUCGACGAAGAUCGACAGAUCGAAACAGUUAAAACGGAAAUUGCCUCAAUACGCCAAAGGGGCGGUAGAGCACCCGACAUCAAUUUGAUUCAAAAACAUCACUGGAACGAUCUACUUUCGUUGAAAACUACUGCGUCUAGACGAAGUUACUAUUGGUACUUAUUCUCCAGGGAACAGACUAUAAAGAACGGCAAGCUGAAACGACAAAAGCAGAAAAAUGAACGUGAACAACAAGUGAGGCUAAAUCCACCACAAGACGGACAAGACAAACUUUAUUCAGAGGGGCAACCGACUUUUUUGUUACCAGUUGGACGAAGAACAAUAAACAAGAUGCGCAACUAUAGACUGUGGCGUGCCGCGCAACUUGGUGAAAAGCUAAUUUUUGAUUGUUCCUACGACGAAUACAUGACCCGUCAUGAAGCCAAAAGUGCUGCAAAUCAGCUUGCCUGGUCGUUUACCGAUAAUAGAAGUGACACCGAACCAUUUGAUCUGCACUUUUGUAACGUUAAUUUCAGCAGCGUAACCAUACAGCAACUGGAACGGAACAUUCCAACAAUGCAAAACGAAAAAUUCCCGAUGCAUUUACACGAGACCAGCUAUGUGGAUUUGUUUCCCAAGGAGCAAUUAGUGUACCUAACACCACACUGUGAUAAUGAUCUUACCGAAUACGAUCCGGACAUGAUUUACAUAAUCGGCGCGAUGGUGGAUAAGGGUGGUCAGGGACCGUUGUCUUUAGAGAAGGCCAAGGCAUUAGAUUUGAAAAUGGCUCGAUUGCCGUUGGAUCAGUACUUGAACUGGGAAAAGGGUACCAGUAAAUAUUUGACAUUGGACCAAAUGGUCAGAAUUAUGUUGGACUUGAAGAGAACGGGAAAAUGGGAAGUCGCAUUGCGGCAUGCACCGAAGAGGAAAGUGUCUUCUGCAAAGAACUAGCAUUUUGGACUGUGAUUCAAAUUCGAUGGAACGUAAUGUUUUAGUUUAAUAAAAGACAAACUGUGUGCAGUGAAGCUUA